AUGGAUAAUACCACCUUGCUAUGCCAACCUGUGCUCUUUAAUACCACCAAGUACUUUAAAAUCCCUGUAUACUCCAUCGUGGUGGCUACUGGUCUGCCUCUGAACUGCUUGGCACUCUAUGCCUUGAUCCGCCAGAUGAAGAAGUCGGUCAUCCUCUCCGUUUACAUCACGAACUUGGUCUUGGCCAAUCUCUUGCAGAUCUUGACCCUCCCGUUCUGGAUCUACUCUAGCUACCAAGACCACCAUUGGGGUUUAGGGAAGGAGUUCUGCGUCGUGGCCAGUUUAGCCUUCCGUACCAACUUCUAUGCCAAAAACUGCUUCUUGUGCCUCAUCGCCAUGGAGCGAUACAUGGGCCUCGUACAUCCACUGAUGUUCCAGAGGUUGCAGACGAUUCGAGGGGCCGUCAAGAUGAGCGUCGCCACUUGGUUUGUGGUGACCGUUUUGUGUGCGACUGGCAUUGCACUCCAGAUGAAGAAUCCAUACCCAAGGCAAGACAACUGUCUGGAUGAUUCUGUGCUGGACAAAGGCUAUGCUCGGUUUAAGGUGAGCAUCAUCGGCUUCUCCUUCUUCAUCCCUUGCCUUAUGAUGGGCUUCUUCUACUUCAGGGUCCUCUUUGAGCUCCGGAAGGUUGUCUCUUUGGAGAAGAGAGUCAAGAAGCAAAUCUAUGGCUUCGUCUCCCUCAUCAUUGCCACGUUCUUCCUCUUGUUCAUACCAUACCAGGUGAUUUCGUCUUUCAGGUUCUACAGCGAAUUGAUGACCAAAGACGACAGUGUCCAGCUCUGUGAAUUUGUGAAAAAUGUUUUCAUCUACAUGCAGGCGACAUUGUGCCUAAGUACUUUGGACAACAUCUUGGACCCGCUUCUUUAUAUCCUGCUCCUCAAGGAUAUCCGGGCAGAGCUCAAGGAAACACUCAGCAUCAAAGCUCAUGGGACAGGACAUUUGAACAAAUCGGAAGAGCGAGAUAUAUCUCUAUAUUUUACCAGCGAACAGAUGUAA